UUAUAUCAAGAAUCUAAAUUUAUAUUAUUGGUUUCCAUUUUAUGUCUUUCUAUUUUAACAUAUUUAGAUAACAUUUGUUCUUAUUCUUGUUCAUUACUUGGGUGAACAGCAUUUCCUUUGGUCGUAUCACCACUUAUAAGCCUUAUGAAAGAUCAGGCGAGCCAACUACAAGAAUCGGGUAUUAAAUGCUGGCUGUCUUGUGAUGAUUGUCUUCCUGUUAAAGAUCUAACUCAUGCCGACGUAAGCAAGGUCUAUGUGACUCCAGAGGCUCUGAAGCAGACACAAUGGCGAAGACUUUUGUGUUACCCGAUGUUUCAGACACGCUUGUGCUUUUUUGCGGUCGAUGAAGCGCAUUGUGUGUCCGACUGGGGAUAUGAGUUCCGCCCAGAAUUUAGAGACUUGUCAGAAAUUCAAAGUGUGGUUGAUGUUCCGUUGCUAGCAAUAACGGCUACGGGCACAGAGCGGGUUCGAGAAGACAUUGUUAAAUACCUGCAGAUUUCUGAUAAUGCAUUCAGCAUCGCUAUUGUACCUGACAGACCUAACAUAACCCUCGUUGUGAAAAGUACGGGUUCAGAGCGCUACGAGGAGGAAUUGCAGUGGCUCCUUGACUAUGCACGUGUGCACAUUGACAACGAAUCAAUGGCUAAAACCAUUAUCUUCUGCAGAUCAUACAGGAUGGUAUAUGGCGUUUGGUCUUGGUUGUUAGAUGCCAUUGGGCUGAAGGUCUAUGCAGAGGAAAAACAUACUGUGAAAGGCAGAAGAGUGGAGAUGUUCACUGCAUCCACAACGGAAAAGGACAAGAACCGCAUACUGGACAACUUUAAAAAUGGAAGAACAAGGAUCAUCGUUUCAACAGUUGCGUUUGGGAUGGGUGUUAACAUCCCCAACGUCAGUUUGGUUGUUCACUGGGGAGCACCCAAAUCCUUUCUUACUUACUGGCAGGAGGUAGGACGUGCAGGUCGAGAGGAGAAACAGGCAUUGGCCGUGCUUAUCCCCUACAAACGGAGCUGCCUAAAAUCCAUGUGCGUUGAUGACUUCACAAUCAUUAACAACUACUGUAUAUGUCAAGAACAGGACACACACAGCUUUGCUUACAAAGGAUAAGGACAAGUCGUCUAUCCCCGUCCAUGAUUCUUGUGAGAACACAUGUGAUGUGUGCGUGCGUAAACAGUGUUUGUGCUGUAGUGUGUGCUACGAACAAUGCCUUUGUCCAGGAAAAGCAGACCAGAUAAAAAAAAUCCUCAGUGAGCAUUAGUGUCAGUAUCGUUGCUGCUGUUGUUGUAACUAUUAUACGAAACAUUUUCUAAUUAAUGUUUACGUUGUAAAUCAUUAAUCAUAGUAUUGUAAAUGGAAGGU